AUGGGCUGCACUACUUGCUGCAGGGUUCCGAGCGCCCUUCCCUCUCUUGCAUUCCUCAGUAACUCCCCUCCCUCUCUGCCUCUCUGCUGUUCCACCCACCCCAACAACCCCAACCCACCCCUUCCAACCCAUCUGAACCCACCCACAGAGACUAUUCUUGCUCUCCUGCGCCAUCCCGACUACUGCGUCUAUGGCUUCUCCUCUUCCGCUGUCUACCGCGAUGCCACCGCUGGAGAGACUGCGUACAACCGGGCGAGCAUGGAGGAGCGGAGAAAGUUCCAGGAAGAAACGGUGGUGAACGUGGGGGGCAGCAUGGCGAGGAGGAGGAGGGGAGCCCGCAUGGUGCAGCAAGAGGGGAGCUCCACUGAAUACAUUGUGGUGACCAUUACAGCAGCAUGUGAGGGAACCCUCAAUCUGCCUGAAGUGAAAUCCGCAGCUUCUUUGAAAGAGGCGCUUGCGAGACUGGGAUCGAUCCCCAUUGAUGAGCUGCAG